AUGAUAUUUUCAACUUUAGAGCAUAUAUUAACUCAUAUAUCCUUUUCGAUCAUUUCAAUUGUAAUUACAAUCCAUUUGAUAACUUUAUUUGUCGAUGAAAUCGUAGGACUAUAUGAUUCAUCAGAAAAGGGGAUGAUCGCUACUUUUUUCUGCAUAACAGGAUUAUUAGUUACUCGUUGGGUUUAUUUUGGGCAUUUACCAUUAAGCGAUUUAUAUGAAUCAUUAAUUUUUCUAUCGUGGGGUUUUUCCAUUAUUCAUAUGAUUCCGUAUUUUAAAAAACAGCAAACCCAUUUAAGCGCAAUAACGGCGCCAAGUGUUAUUUUUACCCAGGGUUUCACUACUUCAGGUCUUUUAAAUGAAAUGCAUCAAUCCGCAAUAUUAGUACCGGCUCUCCAAUCGCAUUGGUUAAUGAUGCACGUAAGUAUGAUGGUGUUGGGCUAUGCAGCUCUUUUGUGUGGAUCAUUAUUAUCACUAGCUCUUCUAGUUAUUACAUUUCGAAAAUUCAUAAGGAUUUUUAGUAAAAGCAAUAAUUUAUUAACUCAGUCGUUUUCCUUUGGUGAGAUUCAAUACGUGAAUGAAAGAAACAAUGCGUUACAAAGCACUUCUUUGAUUUCUUCUCAGAAUUAUUACAGAUAUCAAUUAAUUCAACAAUUGGAUCGCUGGAGUUAUCGUAUUAUUAGUUUAGGAUUUAUACUUUUAACCAUAGGUAUUCUUUCGGGAGCAGUAUGGGCUAAUGAAGCGUGGGGAUCUUAUUGGAAUUGGGAUCCAAAAGAGACUUGGGCAUUUAUUACUUGGACCGUAUUUGCGAUUUAUUUACAUAUUCGAACAAAUAAAAAUUACGAAACUGUAAAUUCUGCAAUUGUGGCCUCAAUGGGCUUUCUUAUAAUUUGGAUAUGCUAUUUUGGGGUUAAUCUAUUAGGAAUAGGGUUGCAUAGUUAUGGUUCAUUUAUACUACCAUCUAAUUGA